AUGGCUACCAUUUCCAUCAUUCUUGUUCUCUUCUUGCUUCUAAUACUAAUAAUAGCAAAUGAAGCCACACCUGUUGAGAACAUCAUUGGGUUGGGCAAAUCGCUCUCUGCCAAUGGUAAUAAUAAUAACAGCAAUCCAUCUUCAUGGCUUUCAAGUUCCGGCAAUUUUGCAUUUGGCUUUUAUCCUCACCGUGAUGGCUACGCUCUUGGCAUAUGGAUUCUGGACCCCGACAACACCGUGGUCUGGACCGCUAACCGCGACGGUUUGCCACUUUCCUCUUCCUCCACCUUGCAGCUAACCCCACGGGGUUUGCUUCUUCGACAAGGAACCGAAGAAGAAGCAGUAGCGGCACUCAACAUCACUAGCUUUUCAUUUUCAAACCUUGGAAAAGAAGCAGCUUCAGCUUCCAUGCUGGAUUCCGGCAACUUUGUGAUCUAUAAUGCUUCCUGAUCCGUCACCUUAUAACUCGGUCUUUAUUGUGCAUUAUGAGUUAUAACUCGGCUUUAAUUAUCAUUCAUUCUAUAACUGACACAUUUAUUACUGACUUAAUGACCAUUAUUCUACUUAAUGAUUAACGGUCAUAUCAUCAAUUCUAUUCAUCAACUCUAUGCCUAUAAAAGGCACCAAUCUCUAUAUACACUAUACAUUCUAGAUACAUUCUAGAUACGUUCUAGAGACAUUCUAGAUAUAUUCUAUAUUCAUAUAAUUAUUAUAAUAUACAAUACAUGAUGAUUUCUAUUUCAUGUCUUACAUUCUAUAUUCAUAGAAUUAUUCUUAUACCUCUUAAACACUUACUGACUUGAGCGUCGGAGUGUCUUUUGCAGGUACCCACCCCCUUGUUCUCUCCUUGCCGACGUAUAACUCAUUCCGACGAGAAGCUUGAAGAAAUUCAUCGACGGACGAGCUAUACACCGGUCAACCUCAGCAAGAACAAUUGGCGCCGUCUGUGGGGACGAGUAAAAUAAUUCCUACUCCCCUUAGGUUUAUAAAACUUGAUUUACAUUCAAAUUUUUGAACCAAUCUCAACAAUCUUGUUUAAGAUUU